AUGGCAAUGAAAUUUGUUCCCUUCACAACUUUCGUCGAUCCGUUGUUCUGGGAUGAAUUGGGUAUGCGAAAGUUAAAUGAUUGGAAGUUGGACGAACAACCGCAUUCAAUCACUGCCACAUAUUGCAAUCAAGAUCCAGGGACAUCAAGCACAAGGUUAUCCGUAUCGUUUGAUGCAUUUUUGGCAAAAUCAGAAUGGAACAAAAACGUAGUUCCGGUGAAUGGAUUAGUGCUUGCUGUAAAUACUCAUGAGACAUUCAAAAAUCUUGAUAGGAAACAAAUCUUGUGCAAUGCUGCUGUAAAGGUGAAAAAGUGCAUUGAGUCAUUGGAUUGGCUUGAAAAGCCGUCGUUAUUGAAUACAUUUUAUCUUACAGUGUAUCCGGAUCUGAAAAAAUACACAUUCCGGUAUUGGAAUUGCAUUCCUGCACUCCUUUAUCCGCAAUCAGUAAGGAUGUUAUCAGAUCCUACGGAGCUUUCGGCCGAAUUGGCGUCUUUGAUUCAAGUUUUCAUUGCAUUGCGUCACAAUGAACCUUUUUUGUUGGUCGGUAAGAUGCCAACUCCCUUGUCGUCAAUACUUUCAAAUAAUUUCGUAUGGAGCAGUGACAUCUUUGUCGUUUAUGCAGAUCCGUCUACCUUGACAGCUUUUCCUGGUUGGCCAUUAAGGAAUCUGUUAGCGGCAAUAGCUUACGUUCGAAGGGAUCUGCAGAGUGCCAAGUUUGUCUGUUAUCGAAGUGGUGGUGUUCCUAGUGUCAUUCUGCAUCUCGGUUGGGAAACAGAUGGUAAUCUGAACACUGCCGCAGUUGGAUGGGAAAGAGUAAGAGGCUCACUUUCUCCUGCAUUUAUCGAUCUUCGAGGGAGCUUAGAUCCACUAAAACUAAUGGACUUCAGUGCUGAACUGAAUUUGCGUCUGAUCCGAUGGCGUUUGGUACCUAAUAUCAAUCUUCAGCGUUUUGCCAAUUUGAAAUGCUUAAUUUUGGGUGCUGGUACCUUGGGUUGCAACGUAGCACGUUCACUUCUUGGCUGGGGCGUUAAAAAUUUUACAUUCGUUGAUAAUGCUCACAUAUCAUACAGUAAUGUUGUAAGACAAUCGCUGUUUGUUUUCGAUGACGCUGUGAGUGGAGGGAAGUUAAAAGCUGUUACAGCUGCGGAAGGCCUCCGUAAAAUAAAUCCAUUAAUAAAUGCUAAAGGUGUGUGCAUGAAAAUACCGAUGCCAGGCCAUAACGUCUCAGAACAAGAGGAGAAAGAAGUUGAAGAAACCGUGAAACAUUUGGAAGAACUAGUGAAGGAUCAUGAUGUAACGUUUUUGUUACUUGAUAGUAGAGAAGCAAGAUGGUUGCCAACACUUAUAGCAACUUUUCAUUGCAAAUUGGCAAUCAGUGUUGCGCUUGGAUUUGAUUGUUUUGUUGUAAUUCGUCAUGGUGUUUCUGACGGUGAAACCAUUGAAGAUCUCAAACAGUCACAAAAUGAUCCCAACAUUGUUCCUGGUUCUCAACUAGGUUGUUACUUUUGUAGUGAUGUUACGGCACCUGGUAAUUCUUCUCUUGAUAGAACCAUGGACCAACAAUGCACGGUCAGUCGUGCAGGCAUAUCUCUGGCUGCAUCUGGCGCAGCCGUUGAAUUGCUUGCCGCGGUUGUUCAGCAUCCUAAGAUGGGAGGAUCUCCUGCUCGUCUUGGGGAAAAUGACGAGUCAACAACUGUUCUCGGUGCAACACCACACCAAAUCAGAUCUUUCCUCUCAAGAUUUACACAGAUGACUCCAGCCGUCAAGCGUUUCGAACGUUGCGUCGCUUGUGGAGCUGCUGUGCAGGCUGCAUAUCGCUCGGAUGGUUUUCAAUUUUUGCUAAAGGUUUUCAACAGUCCACUUUAUUUAGAACUAAUUUCCGGACUAGAUCAGCUCCAGGCGACUGCAACGGAAAUGGAUCUCAGGGAAUUCGAUGACAAUGAAAGUGUCUCAUCUAUCUGA